UCCGUGGUGACGCACUUAGUGUCCGCGGAGGGAGGACGAGGACGGGGGCGGUGGCUGCGAAGGGGGGCCCCUGCUCUCCCCGUUUCCCCUACUCUCGCUCAGGCAGCCGCCGCCGCCGCUGCCGCCGCCGCCACUGCCGCCAUGUUGGUUUGAGAGGCUAUGACAGGAGUCGGCUGCGGCGUGUGGGAUUGAAAAGUGGAGAAGGAGGAGGAGGAGAAACAAAGCUCUGAGAGGAAACCAUUCCCCGGCUGAGGAGAGGGAGGACCCGGCCUCUUCCGGGGACCAGCCGAAGUCGGCGUCGCCCGGAGCUCGCGAGGCCGGGGAGGGGAGGGGAAGGCGGAGACCGGGGAGGCAGCGGCGGCGGGGGAGGCGGAGGCAGAAGAGGAGCGCCGAGGAGCCGGAGACGAUGCGCCCCGACCCGCGCUGCUGCCCGGAGGCGCCCGCGGCCUGAGCCCAGAGGGGCUGUGGAGUGUCCCGGCCGGCCGCGAGCACCCCGUGCUGUCGGUCCCCCGUCCCGGUCUUUCGCUUUGGCUCCCAACUAGUUAAAUGCCCUUGAGCGCGGGUUUCCGCGGCCCGGCUCUUCGCCCCGGCGGCGCGAGUUGAGCCGUUCACCCGCGCGGGCGCCCCGAGAGCGGCUCGGCAGGGUCCGCGGCCAGCGUCCGGCCACCGCUCGGCCGCCACUCACGGCUCACGCGUCGAUGUGUAGCUACAUAGUUAUCUAUGUACAUCCACGCUGGGGCAUUUUUCUCCUGCUUAAUGAGGACUUGACUCGGGAGCGAGUGUGAAUCAUUGCCGGGGCUGGGAAAGGAGGAAGGCGGAUUUAACCCCCUCCCACCCCUCUUCAUGUCCGUGUGUCACUCGGCUCGGUCCACCUGGCGCGGCCGGUCCUGGGUCUGCUGCUGCUGCUGCUGACGACGACGACGACAGGGGCUGCCUCUGCUGUCCCGGGGGUUUCUUCCUGCUCCGGCCACACAGCUCCUGGGGAUUGUUCCUCUUCGCACCAGAACCUCGGCCUGACCGGCACUUUGGCUCCGAAAUAACUUAUUUUUGGGAGAGAAAGCACAUCACGAACCAGUCAAAAUCGUGAAGGCUUAUUUCUGUAGCUUGAAGACUUCUGCUGUUUUUUCUUUUUUUUUUUUUGUUUGUUUGUUUGUUUGUUUUUUGUUUUUUGUUUUCCGUAAAUAUCUGGGUAUACAUCAACCGGCAAGAUGUCCAGUAAUGUCCCGGCGGAUAUGAUAAAUUUGCGCCUCAUUUUGGUAAGCGGAAAAACAAAAGAAUUCCUGUUUUCUCCUAAUGAUUCUGCUUCUGACAUUGCAAAGCAUGUAUAUGACAAUUGGCCAAUGGACUGGGAAGAAGAGCAGGUCAGCAGUCCAAAUAUUCUACGACUCAUUUAUCAAGGACGAUUUCUACAUGGAAAUGUCACAUUAGGAGCAUUAAAACUUCCUUUUGGCAAAACAACAGUGAUGCAUUUGGUGGCCAGAGAGACAUUGCCAGAGCCAAACUCUCAAGGUCAGAGGAAUCGUGAGAAGACUGGAGAGAGUAAUUGUUGUGUAAUCCUGUAAACACUGUCUGCCUAGUGUGAUGUGAUAUAGUCUUUGUCUUUCAUGCUGCUGGGACAGAAAAGACCCGACAUUGCUUCAGAAACCAUUCAGAACAGUCUGACUAUAAACCCAUGGAACUGAAUUACCACAUGAACACUGUCAUCUUUUCUCAUGAAAGUAAAAGAACCAAGAACAUUUUUCACUCUGAUUUUUUAUUUCUCGUAUUUUUAUGUUGAGCUGUUUUAAAACAUAUUGGUUUUUGAAUGUCAAUCUCCAGGGGAAAAGUUAACAAGUUAUCUUUCGUAGCAGAAACCAUUUUGCUGCCACAAAAUUUUCAUCAUUAGAACUAAUAAAGCAAGUGUUCCAAAUACAAUUUGCACUAAAAAGAUUGGCAUUAUUUUCCUCAUCAGCAGAAUUUAUAACAGUUUAUGUACCUAGAAAUACUUACAUAUACAAUUCCACACUGGAAGACACUCAGCAAUUAAUGGAGUUAAUUACUGGGCCAACUUGAGAGGAAAAAAUGGAAAAGAAACAAAAAUGUUGGGUGAAUUCUACCAAAGUCAGCCGUGGUGGCUGCACUGGCACAGAAUACUAAACUGAGUGUGACUCUUUUCACUGCAACAAAUGAAAAAACAAAAUGUGCCUGUUUAAAGCACUCAGUAGAGGGCUGAUGAAACUGAUUUUUUUUCCUUUAAGACAUGCACUCUUGAGUCCUACAGUAACUGAGUGCUUGUUUAGACAGCACAAGAAGGGGUGAGAGUGCGUCUCCUAGCCUUAAUGUGGGAGGGUAGUUCCAGUCACUCAUCGGCUUUCAUUAUUGUGCAGAAAUAUUAGAAAACCUCAUUGAUCAAUUUUAUGUAUUUGAAUAUCAGUGAAUUGAAAUUUUCCAUAAUUAUCAUUCAUUUGUAACCACAUCCAGUGUCAUUCUUACUCCUUAGAGAGUUCAGAUGAAUUCUUAAAAUUAAAAAAAAAAAACUCCAUAGUACUAAUUUUGUUUCUUUAUAUAGUUUGCAUUUGAUAUUAGUGCUUGCAAUUGUAUUAAAGUCAAAAGCUGAUUUUUAUGGCAUACACAAUUAAGAAUGCCACUUUUUCUUUUAUUUCAUACCAAUAAUUUAAAGAUUGAUAUGCUAAAAACAAUUUGCACAGCACUAAAGCAUGAGCUAGUUUCAUCUAAACCUGUAAAAAUAUGAAAGAUUUUAUAUUUUUUCACUGGGAAGAAAUUCUUCCUGGGUGAAAUUACAAAUAUGUGUAGAAUAUAUUUAAUAAAAGACUUAUAAAGUACCUAACUAUAGGACUUAAAAUAUAGAUUGGCUUGUAGUAUAUAGAACAAUAUUCCAUAUAAAUAAGUUUAGCCUUUAUAAAAAUGAAGUUGCAGGCUGACAUUACAUUCUGUACUUACUAAGCAUCAACAGCCCUUAAAAACAUUAAAUGUAAAUGGUUUCAAAUGGUCAGCGUUGUUUAAAUGUAAUCAGGUUAUUUUAUUCAUUGUUAAUGCUUUGAUGAAAAGGCUUUAUAUGCAGUAGAUCUACGAAAAUAUUGUUCAUACUGAUCAGAAUUAAAUUUGUAUAGAGCAGAGUUUUAAAACGAAUGUAAAUAGCACUAAACAUUUUCUUUCUGCAACCUGUACUUAUAGAUUCUUCCUGUAAACUAAAUAAAAAAAAAAAAUCAUAGUGCAUUUUGGUGGUAAUUUUAAAGGUCUUGAUUAGGUCAAUAAUUGUUAAAGCACUGUCUCAUUCAUGUUUUCUACUUUUAUUUCUUAAGCUUUUAAAAUUCAUUUAAUAUUCUGUUGUUGGUUUGGAGAGUAUUCCCAAUGUAUCUUUGAUAUUUAACAUGGUUAAUUUGUGUACAGUCACAACAAUGGAUAGAAUUAUGUAGUCUGUGUUAUCACUAAAAUGUUAUAUUCAAGAGAUGUUAAAUAUAUGCUUUGUUGACUAGCUGAAAUGUGAAUUCUGUUAGUGUUGACUAAAGAAUCUGGUAGUUGCUUAAUUGGGCAAUUAAAACAAUUUAUGGCUCUAUUCUUUUGUAAAACAAACUACUGGUAAUUAUUUUUAAUACUUAUUUUCAUUCUAAUUACUCUUUUUUUAAGUUAAAGACUAUCAGUUAAUUAAGAUUGAGUUUUUAUGAUGUUUAAAAAUCUCUGUUGGUUUUUCAAUAUAUUUUUCUGUGUGUUCUCAGAUUAUAUAUUUCAAUCAAUUUAGAGUUUGCUAAGUGAGAUAAACUGGUUCACUAGUAGAGAAAGAAUUAUGUCGCUUAAUACCUAAUAUCAUAGUUGUACAACAUGAAAAAAAAUAAAAAGUAGCAGUAAAAGUAUAUACUGAAAACACCAAAAAUUUAGAUGCCUUAAUAGUAUAUACGUGAAAAUACUCAGCUGCCCCUUUAAAAAUAAUUUCUUGGACUGCCUGGUGGUUAAAAUACGAUUCCUCAUAUCCAAGGCUACUUUUGAAGAUCCCUCUGCCAAAAAUACAGCUUGCUUAUCUAAAAGUGAGAGCUGCGUAGAUCCAGUAAUGUACAUAAAGCCUGAAUGAUGAGCCUAUGUCCCUGCCUAACGCUGGUGUCUCACUCAUCUCUUUUAUCUGAAUUGUCCUGAACUUUGUUAAGUGUUCCGGACGAGGCCAAGCUUUUCUUUAUUAAAACCUUAGCAUGUCUCCCUGAUCUGAACUAUUUGCUUUCUCUUCAAGAUAAGUUGUAUUUUGCCAUGAAAAAAUACAGUAUCUAACAUUACCAUUCACAUUAAAUGAAGUUUCCUCAUAGCAUCUAUCUUUAGUUUUAUGAAGUCAUCGUGACCAAUGUUACAGUAAUUUCUGUUAGCUGAUUGUGGUAAACAAUGUUUAAUGUGAAAAGAAAUUAAAACUUCAUCUGUUGUAGAA